AAAACUCGCAUCUUCACGCCGCCGCGGCCAAUGCUGAAUGGAUGUAUUCUGCCAGCGCCGCAGGCGCAGUUGAUGCCGUUUAGUGGGCGGGAGGUGCGGGCAAGGACGGAGGGAGUGGAAGGAGGAAGGGGGAGGCCGGCAUGGUGGUGCAAGGUUGAUCGGGUUGUUGUUUUUGAUGGGGUUGCAGAGGAGGCAGAAGGGGAGAAGAAGUUGAAGUUCCGAACGAGGAGUUCAAAGGGCUUGAGCAUUGCCCGCAGGAGAGGGGAACCCGAAACAGUAGUGAUUCCGCUGGAAUGUUGUCAUUGCAGGGAGAUGCUUAAUCGGACGGAGUGGAAGUAUGAUGUGCUGGUUUGUAAGAGGAGCGUUUGCUGGGAUUGUAACGAGAGGUGUCGGUGGGAGAUGGAGAGGGAAGAGGAGGAAAAGAGGAGAGUGGUAGAUGGGGAGGAGGAGGAGGGGGGUAUAGAUUCCGGUAGGGAUAGAGCGGAUAGCGUGCUUCAGGAUGGAGAUGCGGUGAGAGAUGAGGAGCUGAUGGCGAAGGUGGGGAUUGAGACUGGGGCCAGGAGUCCAAUUGAGGCUGUGGGUGGGAUUGAGGAGAGACUG